CUCAACGUCACAAGAUUAACAAUUAUUAUUGUACCGCCUGUUUCGUGGCUCUGUCACCAUGGCACAAACAAACGGCCACGAAGCACGAAGGCCAUCUGCAGCAUCUCGUUUCCCAACAGCUCCUUCGAUCAUGACCAUGAAUGGCCACUUUGCAGGAGUUGGCGAUGCGCCGACCAAGGAGCAGUAUGAACAUGGCAUUCAGGUUAUUGACGAAGAGAAAGAGUUCAAUCCCAACCUGAACACUUACCUUCAACUUACCAAAAUCGCACAAUCUGGCUUUAACUACCACCUUAUUUCAGUAUUCGGGUCGCAGUCCACUGGCAAGUCGACACUGCUGAACCACUUAUUUGGCACAGAAUUUGGAGUAAUGUCCGAAACUGAACGGCGGCAGACCACAAAAGGGAUAUGGAUGUCGAAGAACAAGCGGGAGGGCACUGAUGGGAAGAUGGCCGACAAUAUCUUAGUAAUGGAUGUGGAGGGUACGGAUGGUCGGGAACGAGGAGAGGAUCAAGAUUUCGAAAGGAAGAGCGCCCUCUUUGCAUUGGCAACCAGUGAGGUUCUCAUCGUCAACAUCUGGGAGCAUCAGGUUGGGUUGUACCAAGGUGCCAACAUGGGCUUGUUAAAGACAGUUUUUGAGGUCAACUUGCAGUUAUUUUUGAAGGACAAGCAAUCCAACCCUCGGUCCCUCCUAUUUUUCGUCAUUCGCGAUCAUCUCGGCACCACACCUCUUGCAAAUCUUCGAAAUACUCUUAUUGCAGACUUAACGAAUAUAUGGACCGGUCUCUCGAAGCCUGCUGGUCUUGAAAAGUCACGAAUAGAAGACUACUUCGAUUUCGCAUUUGCAGCCCUACCGCAUAAAAUACUGCAACCAGACAGAUUCAUCACGGAAGUAGGAAAGCUCGGGACACGAUUCAGGGCUGGUCACCGCGCGGCUAGGCAACAUGGUUUAGACCAAGAGUUGGAAGGGGGUGUUUUCCUCCCAGAAUAUCACCGACGGAUUCCUGCGGAUGGGUUUUCAGUAUAUGCCGAAGGAGUCUGGGACCAGAUCGUCAAUAACAAGGACCUGGAUUUGCCCACUCAACAGGAACUUCUAGCCCAGUUCCGAUGUGACGAGAUCUCGCGGGAAGUUCUGGAGGCUUUUGAUGUAUCCAUUACGCCCUUGGAAGAAAAACAGGCGGAAGGGGUCAGGCUAGGGAAGCCGGCAGUAUUGAAGGAUUUGGGUACGGCUGGGAAAGCUGCGCGCGUAAAGAGCAUCAAAGCUUUUGAGGCCGAAGCCAGCCGUUAUCACAAAGGAGUCUACGCCAGGAAACGAGUCGAGUUGGAAGGCAAGAUCGAUACCCGAUUGAAGGCUUUAUAUCAUGGCCAGCUUUCGGCUGCACACAAGUCAGGAGUCGCCUCCUUCAGUGAUGCAGUGUCAAGUGCCGUCAAGGCCGGUCAAAAGAAAGGGGCGUCCUACGAGUUUGCCGAGAUCGUGGAACGUGAGAAGAAGGUCGCACUCAAACAGUUCGAAACUGAGGCCAGAAGUCUUGCAAUAGAAGGAGUCCCGUGGACCAAUUUCAAAUCGCAAUACAAUCUGUAUGAAAAGGACUUGGAUGAAAUCAGUGGGCGCCUCCGUAAGGAAGAAAUGCGAAGACUCGCAAGUCGAGUUGAGAGAUGGGUACGAUCAAGGUUGGGCGACUCGGUCGGGCUAGAGUUCAACAAAUUGGGCUCUGGACGUGGUGGCAGCGGGGCACCUGAGAAUGGCGAAAAGCCUUUGACUGAGAAGGAUCUGUGGGACCGGAUAUGGAACUUAUUUACAGAUACAGUCAAGGAAGCCGAGACUCGAUUUACAGAGCGAGCGAAAAGCUUCGAUGCCAAUGAAGACGAGAUUGAGGUAGGACUAUGGCGACUGAGAAGGAAGAGUUGGGGUGUUCUGAGAGCCAAAAUCGAUGAAGAGGUCAUGGAAGGCAACAUUCUUCUCAAACUUCGGGAGAACUUCGAAGACAAGUUCCGAUAUGACGAAGCCGGCGUACCAAGAAUAUGGCGACCGACUGAUGAUAUCGAGGGCAUGUACACCAAAGCGAAAGAGUCCACUCUCACCCUCAUUCCUCUUCUGUCACGAUUUAGGCUUGCGGAGACUUAUGGUCCUCCUGAUCUUCCUGAUUGGAUUGGAAAUGCACCUCCGAGCGUAGAUCCGCAGGACGAGGAAGAUCUCGCCCCGAUUGGUGGGGUUGAUGAAGAAGAAGGCAAGAGCUUGGAGGAAGAGAUGACGAUUCUCAGUGAAGCCAAACGCCAAGAUCUCGUUGUGAGAUUUAAGAAGACAGCUGAUGGAGUAUAUGUGGAAGCAAAGCGCAGCGCUAUUGGCGGCAUCACCCAAGUCCCACUAUAUUUCUACGGCUUGCUUUUGGCGUUGGGGUGGAACGAGAUCGUUGCUGUUCUUCGCAACCCAAUGUACUUCAUACUCCUCAUUCUCCUCGGUGUUGCAGCGUACGUCACCUACAACUUGAAUCUCUGGGGGCCAAUGCUGCGCAUGGCAAAUGCGGCAUCCGCACAGGCUAUCGAGAUUGGCAAGGAGAAACUCCGCGAAUUCUUGGAAAACUCAGAUACAGGACGACAAGCCAUUGGCAUGAAGGGGAGAGACGACAGUGAUAAUGUUAGCUUGAAUACCCUAGAUAGCAGAGGCAAGAGGGUAACUGCUAUCGAGGAUGAUGAUGAUAUAUAAGGCGUUGAGGGUUCUCCAUGUCUUUGAAUUUGUAGAUAGGACGACGCCCUGCAUAGCGUACGUGCAGUGUACUUAGGUGGAAGGGUUAUGAGACGUAUAAUGAUGUAUCGAUCUGAGAUUUGGAAUGCUCUCCACC